AUGCCUAGCACUGUGCUUCCCUCUAUCCCCCAUCGUGAAAGGAUACCGCUCACCAAUGAGCCCUUAGAAUAUGCCGAUCUGGCCGUUGUUGACCUAUCCAGGGGGGAAACUGCUGAAGGAAGAAUGGAACUCGCCGCACAAGUUGCCGAUGCUAUGUCUAAUGUCGGGUUUUUCUAUAUAAUAAACCAUGGUUUGUCGCAAGCUCAGAAUGAUCGCAUGUUUGAUGUCGCCGAUGUGCCAUUCUCGCUGGUCCCCGAGGAUGAAAUGAAAGCCUAUACGACUAGCUUCGAGGACAUAGGUAGAUAUCUCGGAUAUAAGAACCGUAGACAAUGGCAUGUGAAUGGCGGGAUAUAUGACGAGAUAGAGCAGUACAAUAUGGAUCGGGACGUUAUGAAGGAACAGCAUCCGAGGGCUAUGAGGCCUCUUCUCCCCGAGAUCGACUCUUUCGUCAAAUUCUGCCACUAUCAGGUUCUCUAUCCAAUUCUUAGACUUUUGGCUCUUGGACUCGGACUGCCCGAGGAGACUUUCGUAAAGAUACAUGGUUUUGACGACAACAAUGAAACGUCCAUACGAUUCAUGAACUUCCCUCGAGCACAAGACGAAGAAGACAAGGCAGACAACGUCUGGCUCAAAGGUCAUACUGACAUUGGAAGCGUAUCCAUUCUCUGGAGUCAACCGAUCUCGGCCCUGCAAAUUCUCUCGCCUGAUGGGAAGUGGCGAUGGAUCAGACACAUCGAUAACGCACUGGUCAUUAAUGCUGGAGAUGUCAUGGAAUUCUUGUCUGGUGGUUAUUACAAGGCCACCAUCCAUCGUGUUGUGCAGCCGCCGGCGGAUCAGCGUGGACAUGCCCGUGUCGGUCUGUUCUACUUCGUGAAAUGCAACGACGACGUAAAGCUUGUCCCAUUCGCGGAGAGCCCGGUCCUUCAAAAGCACGGCAUCACGCGCCUUUGUGACGAUGUCGACGCACCCACAAUGCUGGAAUGGAGGAAUAAAAGGACUAGUGCAUACGGCGUGACGAAACUAGAGAAGAAGGAGAACGGCCGCAUCGAAGAGGAGAUUAUCAGUGGCGUCGUCGUAAAACAUUACAACUAG